AUGGCCCUGCCCAGACAUUGGGCGAAGAGGCAGCAGCAGCUCCCCUUCGAUCAGCCCGAAUCGAGUAACAGCCAGACUCGCCUCACCAUGGCCGCCACAGACGAGAUCACCCAGGCUGCCAUGCCAGAGGAGACCACCCAGACGCAUCAGGAUGUUGACGACGAGAGGGCGCGCCGCAUUCUGCGUCGCAUCGAUUGGCGCAUCAUGCCCUUGCUUUUCAUCAUCUACAUGUUCAACUUCAUGGACAAGACCAUUCUCUCGAGUGCAUCGGUAUUCGGUCUCGGGGACGAUAACGGUCUGGUUGACCAACAGUAUUCCUGGAUCUCGAGCGUCUUCUACUUUGGAUAUCUCUUCUGGACGUACCCGACCACUCUUCUCAUCGCGCGCUUGCCGAUAGGGAAGUAUGUUGCCAUCAACACGUUCUUUUGGGGCGCUGUGGUCGCUCUGACGGCGGCAUGUUCCAACUUUGGAGGUCUGAUGACCGUUCGCUUCUUCCUAGGAGUUGCCGAAGCCACGAUUUCGCCCGCACUAAUGUUCAUCACGUCCACGUGGUACACCCGUGAUGAGAUCCCCUCCAGGACCGGUAUUUGGUUUGCUGGAAACCCCAUCGGCGGCAUCGUGGCAUCCCUACUCGCCUAUGGUAUCGGUCACAUCACCGACAACGUGGGCCCCUGGCGCUGGAUGUUCAUCAUCCUCGGUGUUCUCACCUUCUUGAUGGGCUUCGCACUGUUCUUUUUCCUGCCCGACUCCAUAUCUACAGCCAAAUUCCUGUCUCCCGAGGAACGCCAAUGGGCAGGAGACCGAGUCGUUAUCGCCGGCACCGGUCGCACCGAAAAGACCGCCUGGAAGUGGGAGCAGGUGGUUGAAUGCCUCAAAGAUCUGAAGACGUGGAUCAUCUGGUGCAUUGCACUGCUUUGCCAGAUUCCUAACGGAGGUACUCAGAACUUCGCAAACCUCGUCAUCAAGUCAUUCGGCUUCACCUCACUUGAGUCGACCCUGAUCAACAUACCCUACUCCGUUAUCACGGUCGCAGUCAUCUACGGAAGUGGGUGGUUGGCGGGACGUUUCCGCUCGAUGAACUGCAUCCUGCUGGCGCUUGUUAUACUGCCUCCCGUCAUUGGAUCUGCACUCAUCGGGAGCCGCGACAAAAUCCCUCAUGGGGCUUCGUUGUUCGGGUACUUCCUCCUCUCUACCGGGCCAGCUGGCUUGCCGCUCCUGCUAUCUCUCGUGCAGUCAAACUACCGGGGCGUCACCAAGAAGAUGACAAUGACAGCGAUGCUGUUCAUCGCCUACUGCGCUGGCAACAUUGUGGGACCCCAGCUGUUCAAGGAGGAGGAGGAGCCAACCUACGACACGGCAUUCCGCGCCAUUAUGAUCUGCUAUGCGCUCGCCAUAGGCUUAGUCGCUGUGUUGAGGGUUUAUCUGCAGUUGACCAACAGAAGGCGACAGCGCGAAGAGGGGGUCGAAGGGAGCGCGGGUGCUUCGGGUGCCGUGAGCGGAGGCAAGGUCGUCGACGUUGAUAGCCAGCACCAGGUGGCUGUGGUCGUCAACGAGGUCCAGCUCCGGCCUGAGGAUUACGAGGACGCGACGGAUUGGAAGACCUUUGGCUUUCGCUACAGACUCUAG